AUGCCGGCUCGAUUAAGCGAAAGAGAGGAUCCAAAUGGUAAUCGUCCAAAUCGAUCCACCAGUAGAUCACCAAUGAUGUCAGACAAUUCUCGGAGACGACGAUCUCAAGAAGCCAGAUCCAGAACACCGCCUAGUGGGGAUGGCAGAAGAUCUCUGACACCCCCACCACGACAGGGAUCUGCUUCCCCCGCAAGAAGACGAGUCUUACGAAAGGGGUCAAGUGUAAGGAACCCUGAUAAACCACAGAUUAGUCCGAAAGGUAAUAGUACUCGUCGGUUGCCAAAGUAUAAUUCCUUUACUGGAAUCACUGAUCCCAAUACUCGCAAAUCAUCCAAUAAAAGCAUGCCAAGCAAUGGUGAUACUAGUACCGUGACUUCCACCAACUCGACCCGAAGUGCUCGGCAGCCCAAGCGGAAAGGAUCCAUGACUGCCGAUUCCAAGAUAUCCCCAAGCGCGGAUCGGAUUGCAUCCGAACCGGCUGGUGGUGGUGGUCGGCACAACAACAACAACAACAACAACAACAGCAGCAACAACAGCAGCAGCAACAAUACAAACAACAGCAAUAACAGUCGCCAAACCAAACGUAUAAAUAGUCUUGGAAAUAUUGGACAGCAACCACGGACACAGACACCCAAACGAAUGAUGAGUCUUCAACUAGCAUCACAACAACAACUUCCACGGACACAGGCACCCAAGCGCAUGAACAGUCUUUCAUCGAACCUUGAUGCUGGACAACAGCAACAGCAACAACCAAGGACCCAGCCACCCAAACGAAUGAUGAGUCUUGGAAAUAUAGGAGGACAACAACAACCGAGGAUACAGGCCCCCAAACGCAUGAACAGUCUUUCCUCGAAUCUUUCACCAAAGGAUUCUGCCCUCAUUCGCAUCCGAUCCCCAUCCUUGCGAAAAGAAAGGUCCAGCGGUGGCAAUCAAAACAAAAAGGAACUCAGAAGCAAUGAUUCCACAGUCUCGGAAAGUGAAAAUGGUUCUUCCUCGAAUCGUCAGCUACGAUCCAAAAGCAAAUCUGCUAGUAUUACGCCAGCUCGAUCCAAACGAUGGAACUUUACUGGAAGCGUCUCCAUGUCCGAAGACGAUGCCGAAUACGGCGAUUCCGCUAGCGUUGGAGCCUUUGAGGAUGAUCCGCAUGACAACAGCAAUAGUAAUCGUAUUACCAAGCACAAGGUGGGAGAAGUGGAUUCUGACAGUGAGUGGGAUUCCGAUGAUUCGGACGAAGAAUACAGCCGGAUGAUGAGGAAUAAUUAUGCCGACACCGCCGCUGCUACCAUGACCGAAAAUGGAAGCCUUCCACCACCCAAUCAAAAGCGAUUGCAAAAACGAAAGCAUCACGAUGCCUUGUUCCCGGAUGACAAGUGGUGGCAAAAGUGUCUGCGGCAUUUUCGGAUUCUACCACCCAUUCCCAACGAAGGCCGCACGAGGAGGAGUGUUCGAAAAUUGAUUUGGGCGACUCUGCUAUUCGACGUUUUGGUAGCCAUUGUUACCAUUGCGACCUACAGUGGGACUGUCACCAUGUGCUGCAACCAAGUCACCAUGGCGAGUAUCCCAUCCAUUGAUUGGAAUACCUUCAUCAAGGUCGUUUCCUACAUUUACUUGGUUGGAAUCUUCUUGGAGAUUCAUCCCGUGGUGAGAGAGGGUCCCAUACCCUGGAACUUGCUCAAUCCCAUCUUUGGUAGUUUGCUGAGUUUUGCUGUCUUUGUUGACGACAGCAAAGCCGAAGCCAUUGGCAUUUGGAUUUUGGAAAUCGCAUCUGUCAUUUUGGAAGGCUUUACCUACCUUCGAUUGAAAAAAUUGUAUCAACGAGAAGAACGUCGAUUGGAAAAGCUGGAUGGCUUUCUGAAGGAUGAGCAAAGUUCUUCGAAUGAGCAUCGAAAGGGUGGCCAAUACAAGAAGAACGCCUACUUGCGUGAGCGUCGGAUUUUGCGAAUCGAACAUGCCCAAAACAAAUCCAAACUCCGGUACCAUUUUGUUGGAGUCUCUGUGAACUUUGUUUUGGUCAGUUUGACCCUCCUUCUCAUGAUUCUUGUGGCUCGAGGUAGAGGGAUGUGUUUGGUGGCUGGACAAGGCUUGGAUUUGUUCAAUCCCGAUCAGAGGUCUCGUUGCUUUGAGUGCUUGGACAAAUCACAAGGGUGGAAAGAAAGAUGCGAAGUGUGCGAGGAAGGUCCUAAUGCGGACCCGACGAUGAAUGACCCAAUACAGUGCUUCUACCCGUACUUCUAG